GUGGAAGCCGAGUUGAUUGAUAAGCUGGACAGCCUGGUAUCUGAAGGAAAAGGGGAUGAGAACUACAGGGAACUCUUCAGCCUGCUAACCCAGCUCUUUGGGCCUUAUCCCAGUUUGCUGGAGAAGAUUGAGCAGGAAACGUGGCGGGAGACUGGAGUCUCUUUUGUAACGUCAGUUACUCGUCUCAUGGAGCGUCUACUGGACUAUAGGGACUGUAUGAAAGGAGAUGAAACGGAAAACAAGAAAAUUGGCUGCACUGUUAACCUCAUGAAUUUCUAUAAAUCCGAAAUCAACAAAGAGGAGAUGUACAUCCGCUAUAUCCAUAAGCUCUGUGACAUGCACCUGCAGGCUGAGAACUAUACAGAGGCUGCAUUUACUUUGCUUUUGUACUGUGAGUUGCUUCAGUGGGAGGACAGACCUCUGAGAGAGUUCCUGCAUUAUCCAUCUCAGUCAGAGUGGCAACGUAAGGAAGGUCUGUGCCGUAAGAUUAUCCAUUACUUCAACAAAGGGAAGAGCUGGGAGUUUGGAAUCCCCCUGUGCAGAGAACUGGCCCUGCAGUACGAAAGUCUAUAUGAUUACCAGAGCCUCAGCUGGAUUCGUAAAAUGGAAGCUACUUAUUACGAUAACAUCAUGGAACAGCAGCGCUUAGAACCUGAGUUUUUCAGAGUCGGUUUUUAUGGUCGGAAAUUCCCAUUUUUCUUGCGGAACAAGGAGUAUGUAUGUCGGGGUCACGACUACGAGAGGCUGGAAGCCUUCCAGCAGAGGAUGCUGAGUGAGUUCCCACAAGCCAUUGCAAUGCAGCAUCCAAACCACCCGGAUGACUCCAUAUUGCAGUGUGAUGCCCAGUAUUUACAGAUCUAUGCGGUGACCCCCAUCCCAGACAACAUCGAUGUGCUGCAAAUGGACCGUGUCCCUGAUCGCAUAAAGAGCUUCUACCGCGUCAACAACAUCCGGAAGUUCCGCUAUGACAGGCCCUUCCACAAAGGCCCAAAGGACAAGGAGAAUGAAUUCAAGAGCUUGUGGAUUGAACGUACAACUCUGACCUUGACUCACAGUUUGCCUGGGAUCUCUCGUUGGUUUGAAGUGGAAAGAAGAGAACUGGUUGAAGUAAGUCCUUUGGAAAAUGCCAUUCAAGUGGUUGAGAACAAAAACCAGGAGCUGAGAACACUGAUAAGCCAGUACCAGCAUAAACAAAUGCAUGGUAACAUCAAUCUUCUCAGCAUGUGUCUGAAUGGAGUGAUUGAUGCAGCUGUCAAUGGGGGAAUUGCACGAUACCAGGAGGCCUUUUUUGAUAAAGAUUAUAUCACAAAGCACCCUGGAGAUGCAGAGAAGAUCACACAGCUCAAGGAACUCAUGCAGGAACAGGUGCAUGUCUUAGGAGUGGGUCUGGCAGUCCAUGAGAAAUUCGUACACCCAGAAAUGCGUCCCCUGCAUAAGAAACUGAUAGACCAGUUCCAGAUGAUGCGAUCCAGUCUGUACCAUGAGUUACCUGGUUUGGAUAAGCUGAGUCCAGCCUGCUCUGGCACUAGUACACCACGCAGCAAUGUUCUGGUCUCACAUGGACCUAUGAGCCCAGAGAGCAUAAAGCUGAUGCAUCGACACAGCCCACUGAACAUGCUUGGUUCAGUCCGACACUCCUCAUCCUCUCUGUCGUCCCACACCUCCAGUGAAACAGGAAACCUGGUUAUCCUAACAGACAGUUCUGUGGGGGAGGCUGCCGAGGACAUGUACCACAUGCAGUGUGUUUACCCUAAAUCCAGGUACCAGGGCUCAGUCACCAAUGUCUCUAUUUUAUCCUUGUCCCAGGCUAGCCCUUCCACCUCAAGCCUGAGCUCUACUCACUCGGCACCAUCCCAGAUGAUUAACUCUGCCCCUUCCAGUGCUCGAGGCUCUCCCUCUCUACCAGAUAAGUACCGCCACUCUCGGGAGAUGAUGAUGCUGCUGCCAGCCCAUCGGGACCGACCCAGCAGCGCCAUGUAUCCCGCAGCUAUCAUGGAGAAUGGACAGCCUCCAAAUUUCCAGCGCGCCUUCAUCCAGCAAAUGAUUGGACCAUGUAAACCUUGCAGUGAUCCCAACCUGUCUGUGGCUGAGAAAGGACACUACUCACUGCACUUUGAUGCCUUCCAUCACCAGCUCAGCGACGCUCCUCCAGCGCUGCCUGCACGAACGUUACGCAAGUCUCCUCUUCAUCCUAUCCCUGCAUCGCCCACCAGUCCACAGUCUGGUCUAGAUGGAAGUAACUCCACUUUAUCAGGCAGUGCCAGCAGUGGUGUCUCUUCCUUGAGCGAGAGCAAUUUUGGACAUUCUUCUGAACCGCCUCCUCGCACAGACACCAUGGAUUCUGUCCCCAGCCAAGCCUGGAACACUGACGAAGAUCUAGAGACACCCUACCUCCCUGUCAGGUACAGCCUCUCUGAGCCUGAUGUCCUAGAGUCACUCAAAUCCCAGCCAUGCCGAAGCCACUCUGCUCCAUCUGGAGUCAUUCCUCAGGACACCAUGGACCCUCCUGCUCUACCCCCCAAACCUUACCACUCCCGGCUGCCAAACAUGGAGAACGAGGAGGGGAUGAUAAUUGAGGAUGAUGACAAACACCGCCCAUUGCAUCGUAAAGUGUCCCAGCCCGUGAGUGGUGGGAAGGAGGAGCAGGCCAGGGUAGCGUGGGAGCACGGCAUCAGUGAGCAGUAG